AAUAACUUUCAGCUGCGCUCCACUCGUGUUCGUGUUAAUUUUUUAUACUUAAUUCAAGCAAAUAUGCCAGAAUCUCAUGUUAACGAGGGUGCUUCCGGCUCCGGAGCCUCCAAGGAUGUCGCCGCUAGCAAAAAGAAGGCCAAUUUGCCAUGGAUCGAAAAGUACCGACCACAGAAGUUCGAGGAAAUCGUCGGCAACGAGGACACCGUCAGCCGUCUGGGCGUGUUUGCGACCCAGGGAAAUGCCCCCAACAUCAUUAUUGCGGGUCCUCCCGGAGUCGGUAAAACCACGACCAUCCUCUGCCUGGCUCGAAUCCUGCUGGGGGAAAACUUCCGCGAGGCCGUGCUCGAGCUGAACGCCUCGAACGAGCGAGGAAUCGACGUGGUGCGCAACAAGAUCAAGAUGUUCGCCCAGCAGAAGGUCACGCUGCCCCGGGGACGUCACAAGAUUGUGAUUCUGGACGAGGCGGACAGCAUGACCGAGGGCGCCCAGCAGGCCCUCCGGCGGACGAUGGAGAUCUACAGCAACACGACGCGAUUCGCGUUGGCGUGCAACACCAGCGAAAAGAUCAUCGAACCGAUUCAGAGUCGUUGCGCGAUGUUGCGAUAUUCGAAGCUGUCGGACUCGCAGGUGCUGGCCAAAUUGAUUGAGAUUUGCCAGAAGGAAGCGCUGAGUUACGACGAGGAUGGGCUCGAGGCGAUUGUUUUUACGGCCCAGGGCGACAUGCGACAGGCGCUGAACAAUCUGCAGUCAACGGCGAAUGGAUUUGGCCACAUCAGCGGGGCGAACGUGUUCAAGGUGUGCGACGAGCCGCACCCGAUGCUGGUGCAGGACAUGCUCGAGCACUGCGUCAAGGGGGACGUCCACAAGGCGUACAAAAUCAUGGCGAAGCUGUGGCGCUUGGGCUACGCCGCCGAGGACAUCAUCGGGAACAUCUUCCGCGUGUGCAAGCGCAUGAACAUGAACGAGAAGCUGAAGCUGUGCUUUAUCCGCGAGAUUGGCGAAACGCACAUGAAGAUCGUGGACGGGCUCAACUCGCUGCUGCAAAUGUCCGGCCUGUUGGCCAAGCUGUGCGAGGUGUCGUAAAGGUAGGAAAUAAAAUUUCUGU